GCCACCGCCACCACCGCCGCUACCGCCACCGAGGAGCAAGAUGGAGCUGUCUGCAGUGGGGGAGCGCGUCUUCGCCGCCGAGUCCAUCAUCAAGCGGCGCAUCCGAAAGGGGCGCAUCGAGUACCUGGUGAAGUGGAAAGGCUGGGCCAUCAAGUACAGCACCUGGGAGCCCGAAGAGAACAUCCUCGACUCGCGGCUCAUCGCGGCCUUCGAGCAGAAGGAACGAGAACGUGAGCUGUAUGGGCCCAAGAAGAGAGGACCUAAGCCUAAAACUUUUCUUUUGAAGGCUCGGGCCCAAGCGGAGGCCCUCCACAUUGGGGAUGUACACUUUUCUGUCAAGCCUGGCUCCAGCACCUCAUCUCCUAAGCUUCACUCCAGUGCUGCAGUGCACCGGCUCAAGAAAGAUAUCCGGCGAUGCCACCGCAUGUCCCGGCGCCCUCUGCCCCGUCCAGACCCCCAGAAUGGUGGGAGUGUGGGUGGAGGGGCUGGCAUCCGUCCCCCUGUCUCACCCUUCUCUGAGACCGUCCGCAUUAUCAACCGCAAGGUGAAGCCCCGUGAGCCCAAGCGCAGCCGCAUCAUCCUCAACCUCAAAGUCAUUGACAAAAGUGGGAAGCCUGCCAAUGGGGCUGGAGGCCUGGCUCGGCCCAAGAUCCCUUCCCGAAACCGUGUCAUCGGCAAGAGCAAAAAGUUCAGUGAGAGUGUCCUCCGUACCCAGAUCCGCCACAUGAAGUUUGGCGCCUUUUCACUCUACAAUAAACCGUCUGCUGCACCUGCCCCCUCUCUGGAGGGCAAAGGGGAGGCUGAAGGUUCCCAAGCGGCCUCCUGUGGGCUCAUUAUGGGCUCCACCCCUUACGAUGCCCCCAGCUCCAGCUCCUCUGGCUGCCCCUCACCUGCCCCCCACUCCUCAUCUGACCCAGAUGAUUCCCCUCCGAAGCUGCUUCCCGAGACCCUCAGCCCAGCCAUCCCUGACUGGCGUGAGUCAGAGGUCCUCGACCUCUCAAUCCCGCCUGAAUCAGCUGCCACCAGCAAGCGCUCCCCUCAAGGAGGGUGUGGUGGGGGGCAGACGCCCUCCUUGUCCCUUUCUUCUGACCCAGAGCAGGAGACCAGCGAUUGGCGUCCCGAGAUGUCACCUUGCUCUAAUGUGGUGGUCACAGAUGUCACCAGCAACCUCCUCACAGUCACCAUCAAAGAGUUCUGCAACGCGGAGGAUUUUGAGAAAGUGGCAGCAGGUGGCGGAGGAGGCAGCAAGUGAGCAGCCAGGUCCCCCUACUCUGGGAGUGUGGGGGGAGCUCUACCUGUGGUUGUGUGAAUGGCUGUCCUUAGUUCUCUCCUUCUCCCCUUUGCUGUCCCUCUGCCCUCACCACCACCCUUCUUCCUCCUUUCUUCCUGCCCACUCCCUCUUGCUCAGAGGCUGUGGCAUUGCAGUGGAGAGGACAGGGGCAUCCAAUGUUCCUGGGUGCCACUGCUGCUGGGGGAAAGUGGGGAGGUUGUGGUGGGGCUGGGGAGUGGUUGUUUGUCCUUGAAUGUGGUGUUGUCCAACUGGCCAUGGAGCCUUUGAGGAUGAGGGGUCAGUGAAUGUGUGUAUGUGUGGGGGUGGUGGGGAAGGUGCUCUUCCCCUCCUUCCCCUUCCAUCUUUCUCUAAAAAUGAAGAGGAGCUCCAGACCCUUGAGAGGGGGUUGUAAGAGGAUUGGAGCCCUCACCCACUCCCCCUAAGCCUUCUCCAACAAUGUGCAUGCAGUCUCUUCCGUUCCUCUUGUUUUUCCUGCUGCCGUGACUCUGAUCCUACUGUCUUCCCCCUUCUUGGCUUGUGGCCUGGAUCUGCCAACUCAUAUGCUGCAGUCAUGGCAGUGGCUGAUCCAGAGGCCCACAGAGCAGUAGGGAGAGGGGGAGGUGAUGUGUCAUGCCUAGAAGGUGCUUGUGACAAAGCUGGGGUGGUUGGGCCCUGCCCCAUGCGACGUAUGCCCCACACUGGCUUCCCUUUUGGCUAUUGGUGCUACCUUGGCAGUUGUAUAGGCACUUUCAUGUGGUCUGGUCCCUCCUCUUUGUAUCUUCCAACCUGCCCAGCCUUGCAGGGGGAAGGGAGGAAAAGGGGAGUUCUACUUCUGGCCCAGAUAUUCCUCCUCAUGUUCUCAUUACUUGCACUUGCCUGGAGGAGAGGGCAUAAAAUGCCCUUCCCCAGCCUUUCUGUGAUGGAAGUGGGAGCUGGCUGCACAUCCAUCCUUCAGUUUGGGAGAAGAUAUGCUGAUGGUGCGAUGCUCCCCCAGCUGGGUGAGGCUGAUCUGCUUUGUGUGUCAGCUUCCCCUGAACCUUUUUGCUUCCUGCCUACUCCACUCCCUCAGAGGGAGGGAGGGACGCUAAUGCUGGUCCUCUGUUCUUGUUUUUUUCAUCUCUUUUUUUUUUCUCCCCUUUUUUGUGGAUAGCCUGGAAGAAGGCUUCCCUUUGCCUUUCAGGAUCUGAAAUGGCCCUUACAACUGUCAACCAAAGGUGCUAAUAAGAUAACUUUCUCACAUCAUAUGCAUGUGUGUUGAUUUCUCCCCACAGACACACACACCCAAAUUCCUGUGAGUUGAUCCAGAAAUCUUUACCCCUUGCAAGUGGGAGGAAGCAAGACCAUAACUUGUCAUUUUUUUUUUACCUGUAGUUCCUUCUUGCCCUUUCUUGGACAUGCUGUUCAUGUCCCAAAUAAGUUCUUUAUUUCACCUGCCUUUUGUGGCUUGCUUGAUUUCUGUCACUCCUAAGCUUCGCGGUGUAAUACCAUUCCUUUGCUCUCUCUUGCCCUACUUGCCCAUGGCUGAACCUGUAGGUGCAAGGAAAAGAGGUGCUGAAGUAUCAGUCUGUGGGAGACUCACCUUCUCAGCUCUGUCCCCUGGGAUGGGUCAGAGGGGUGUUACUUUCACAUACAUGCUGCAGAGGUGAAAAGGGUGGAAAAAAUUCCCUGCAUCAGGGCUCAUCUAUGUAAAAAUUUGUCCUGGACAAGCAAACACAAGUGGAAUUCACCCCUUUGGUGCUUGUGCAUGAGGACACUUAGGAGCUGGAAGCUAUCAGCUGUGAGAAGUGUUCUCGUGUGAAGUAGUGAUUUUGUGGUUGUAAUGGUCUGAGGGUAGAAAUGAGGCAGUUUGUGGGAGAGAGGUAAUAUUUAUUUGUGCAAGUGGUACAGUUGUUAUGGCAGAGGAAGACCAUCUUCUGACCUUAAUUAGGGCUUCUGUGCCCAGAGCUUGUCUCUUCCCCUCCUCCAACUCAUCAGUUGGUGUAAUAAAAUCUUAGCUGCUCUUCCCACAAACAUCGCCUCACAGAGGGUAGAGUUCAAAAUUGCAGAGCAUGAUGAAUUCAAACCAGUUGUGGUUCAGUGCUUGUGUAGACAGUCUGAGGGGGGAUUCCAGGUGCUGUUAGUCCCACCCUUUGCAUACCUUUCCCCUCCCUACCCCUUGUUCAGAAAGCUUAGUGGACUUCAUGGGGAAGCAGUUGCAUUUAUAACUGAAUUUGGGGAUGGGGAGAAAAAAAAGCUUCCCCAAUUCAUUCACCAAGCUAAGGCUUCCUAUAACUUGUUGGAAUUGUGUGUGCGUCUGUAUUAAUACCUGUCUGUAUUUGUGUCUUUAUUUUUGCAUCUUUCCUGUGCCUGACCCACCUAAGGAUCCCUUAUUUUAACAUAGCUUAUCCUUAUGACUGCAGCCUCAAAAGUGAGCAGGUUGUAGCUAUGGGGAAAAGCUCUAUCUUAGGGAAAUAGCAAGAAGAUUCUUCUUUCUUUCUUUCUUUCUUUCUUUUUUUUCCUGUCUAAACAAAUAACUGUAAUCUGAGGCUGCAAGAUAAGAGGAACUUCUUUAUGGGGUGGAUGCAUACUGGCCAGUCACUUUUCUUGAUUGUUAAGUUACUGUUUGGUGUGUAUGUGGUGAUGUGUUUUGUUUUGUGGUGAUGAGAUUCUGAAAAAAAAAUUUAAGAGUUUAAGUGGGAGAUAAAAGGGAACUUGAAUAGGAAACUCUUGAUGUAUUUUGGCCAAGAUGUGUUCGCUUGGCAGAAUUCUUUUCCUCAGUGUCUCUUGUAUGGUGUUCUUUGGGGGCAGGGGGCAGGAAUUGUUUAAUGAAGGGUUUUUGCCUUUCUCCAGAGUGACAAGUAAGGGGAUUGUCUGUGAAGAGCAAAACAGUGGGUCAUUGUAGGGAUACUCCGUGAGGACCUUCUUCCUGAGGUGAGGCAAUAAGGGUAUUUGUUGUGGCAAAGGAACUCGUGCAGCAGAUCCUCUUUGUGGAGGAAGAAAGGAGUAUGAUCCGGAUUGCAGACAUAGCUCAGCCACUUGUGUGACAAAUCUCUUCUUGGAUGGGUCGCCAGGUGGGAAUCAACCCUGAACCUCUGGAUCUGAAAUCAAGAUCCGGUGCUGUUUUGAGUUAAGAGAUCUGUUAACUUGAAUGCAGCAACAGUCUCAAGUGGACAAGCCACUUGGGGCUGACUAACCUACCUUUGCAUUCACAUGGUUUACGCUCCUCCCCCUAAAUUUUUAUUCCUGCUCUUUACUGGAGAUGGGAAGGAAGAUCUAUCCAUGCCCUUUAAAGAAGGCAUGGGGUUGGUGGAGGAGUUCAUUUGAAAGUAUCCCCUUCCUUUCCCCGUAACCCCUAGAAAAAAAACAAAAACAGGGAAAUAUUCUCUGUGUCUGUGCCAUGUUUGUUCUCUUGUUGUUGUGUUUUUAGAGGAGAUUUUAUGAUGGAGUGGAAAAAGUGAAAUGAUUAGUUUUGCAUAAAAAAAGAAAAGUAAAAAAAAAAAAUUUCUACAGGGAGAAAGCGAGAGAGAGUUUAAAAAUGAAUAAUAAAUGCAGUGAUUGCACAAACUGUAGCGGUCUUAGAUGGUCCUUAGAGAAAAGAGUAUUUUGUAGUAUUGAAGCAUGUAUGUCUGGGAUGGUGUUUGGCUUGCUUGAACUGGAGAGAAAGGCAUUCUGGGACUAAGCAGCAAUCUGAGCUGAAAAGGCAAGUUGCAUGUUGGAGGAACCCUGUCUACAAACCCUUCCCGUCCUUGCCUCCCAAGUGUUGGAGUGAGUUUCCUUCCCUCCCCUCCCAUACCUUUCCUGUGAGCUAAGGUGGAGUCUUCAAAUCAUUUUCUGGCCAAGUGGCCCUCAAAAAUGGUUGAUCUUGUUCUGCCAGAAUCAGGCCAGCAACAUAGAAACAGUUGACUUUGCAUGCACAGCAAGCUGCUAAGACUUGGGGUUGGCAUGUACCUUUCUUGCCAAAUUGCUGUCUUUUCUGUUUUCCUUCCCCUGUAUCCAAGCAGGAUUAAACAUGAUGGGCUUAUCUCCUCAGAAACAGAUAUGCCUCCCCUCCUUAGGGUUUCUUAGCUUCUCCCAGUGUCAGUUCUGGGGAGUGGCAUUUUUCAUACAGGAUUCACCCCAUUAGGACAAAGGACUGAAUCCCAUCUGUUUGGAGUCCAAUGUCUCACCUCUGACAGUGGCCAGAUCUUCAGGAGAAGAUGAGAGCUGCUUUGUGUGCUGAUAAGUUUCUGCCAAGUGAGGCAUACCUUGUCCUUGAGACUGCCAGAGACCAGCAAAUGCUGGAGGAGCUGGAGAGACAAGGGUCCUGAUGGGAUUUCACUUGAGUAGGAUUGCAUUCUUCUGCCCCAGCUUUAUGGGGGGUGGGAAGGAAGAGGUGUCCUAACAUUUCUACAAAGUGAGGAGGUGGCUUUUGUGUAUUGGCUUCCCCAUCCAAGAUGUCUCUGUCAUGUGUUCAUCUGGUGUGUGGGAGAGACUGCAAGGAAGAGGGAAGCAACCAGAUGUUUGUGUCUGAACUAAAGGUGGCAGGCAGGGGAUGCUAGGAUAGUCUUACUUGUCUGGACUUCUCUUGUGCCCUUAGGUGUGAAAUGGCAGGUAAAGGGCGUAUCCAUGCCUCCCAUAGCCUGAGGUCUUUCUGGGACCUUUUUUUUCUCUGCCCACUGAGCUCUGCUAGUGGUUGCCUCAGCCUUCAACUUGGAAUGGCAGCCUCCUGUCUUGUGUUCUCUUCUCCUCGCAAAGCAGGAAUAGAGAUGUGUGAAGCUAAUGAGAUGCAAGUUCUUUUCGGGGUGGGAAAACAUAGAAAUAGACUGCAGCGAGCAGGCCCAGCUGUAGUGAGCCAUUAGCUUAAUCUGUUUUCAGAAGGGAAAGGGAGCAUUUCUCCAUGUCUCCCAUUACCGAAGUUCCCAGGGAGAUUUAUGAAACAAAAAACCCAAUCCAGCCCUUUACCAGGUAGGAGCUGUCUCUGAGCUGAGUCUUCCUAGGGAUUUCACUCCCUUUCACAGCCCCUCUUUGUAGAGGAGGUUUCAGCAGCUCACACCUCUUGGGGACCUCCCAGCAGGGAGGAACAGCUUUCUCUGGGUUGCUGUGCUGAAGGAUAGUGUCCCAAGUCCCACGUGCUUCUACCCACUUCAGUGGCUUUAAGGUUAGUGAGACUGCUUGGGGGCAGAUCUUUCUUCCCAGAGAGGUGUAGCAAACCUGGAGUAUGUGUCUGGCUAAGUGCUUAUUUGUCCCUUGCCUCCUUCCCUACCUUCUGACAAGACUUCUUCCUCCUUGCCUGGUGCAUCCUUUUACUCCAAUGUUGCUUGCUUUUUGCUGCAUUUUUCAAUCGCCCAAUAAUCGUGCAAGAGCUGGGAUCUUAUUUACUUUUUAUAUAUAAAUAUAUAAAUAUAGAAGAAACCCCCUCUCCCUUCUUUCCCUCCUCCUUACCCACCACCCCAUGUGUAGCCUGUUCUGAUCUCUGUUCUGAAAGCAGUGUUGUAGAGGAUUGACUUGGGGCUGGGGAUUAGGUGCCUCCUGGCUUCUGUUCUUUCUUGGUUUGCUGUGGCCUUUUUGCCAGCUGUUUCACUGCCCUGUGCCUCUGUCUUCCUAGUAUAAAAGUGGCAGUGGGUGGAGGGGGCGAUCCCACUGAGGGUGCUGGGAGGUUGACUCCAAUGAUGUUUGCAGAGACCUAGAGGAGUGCUGAGCAUUGCUUCAGAAGUCCCCCUCUCCCUGUCUGUGGUUCCUUCUGUAGAUAACUUUAACGACUUUAUUUCAUUGUUGCUUUGGGUUUGCGCAAAUAAGUGACUUAUUUUUUUUAUGUUCCUCCCCAGAGUGCAAUGAGUAUGGCUUCUUUUUUGGGAUGUGGAUGGGAGGAGGUAUUGGCAUCUGUCUCCACCCUUACCCCCAAACCUCCCCCCCAUCCUGCAUCCUUCUGUCCCUUUCUAAUGCUGGCCUCUGUCAGACUGACAUGUCUAGUGGGGUUUGUGCCCUUAUCUGUGCAGGGGCGAUGGCCCUGGCACUAGCAACUUCCCAGGCAUUCUGCAUAGUGGAUCUAAUGUGCCCUGUGUCCUUUCUUAUAGAGGUGUUCAGGAGCCUUGAGUUCUUCUUCCAAAUUUCUCCUUCCAGGAGUGAAAGAUGAUGUAGUUAAUCUGAUCCUCCUGUGGUGGUGGAUUGUCCCUGGCAGUUCUUCUGACCCUUCUGGCUUGUGUGGUGUGAAAUGAAAUGCUUCCAGGCUGUCCUUAGGGUGGGAGUUUUACCUCCUCCUUGGAGUGUUGCGUUUUCCACCCUUCCCUUCCAAGGGCCCACCUGGGAGCCCCAGAAGAGGCAGUGCUGGGGGUGGAGUUAUUGGGGAAUUCCCUCAGCACUCCUGGGCUGAGGGGAGCCAGAGUUGGGGAGAGGCUGGAAAGCACAGAGCAGAGGCUGUAAUGUAGUAGAAGAGAGAAAGAAAUAAGGUGACAGAAGAGCAGCUAGAUGCAAUCAGAGUGAUACCAGCUUCAGAAAUGACUCAAAUUAUGUCUGGUGGGAGGGAAGGGGCCUGGGAACAAGUAGUUGAAAAAGCAUUUCCUUUUGCAGGGCCCUGUUCCAGCAAAUUGCUAGAGCACGUUCUUGACUUCAUUCCUUGUUCAGCCAAGCACUUAAAGCUUGCAAUAAACUUUCAGGAGCGUUGUUCACUGCAUCAAAGCACUUCAUGGGGCUUUGGGGCCUCAUGUGAGUAGCAGGGCUUUUACUAACUCCAGAGCAAACACCCAACUGUGCCCAAUUCUGCAGAGGUGCUGCGGGCUUCCUUGCAGGUCAAGGCAGCAGGUGGGUUCUCAGUUCUUUGUCUGCCUUGGAGUAAGUUUGCUGCUGCAUCCAGGCAUACUUGCUGCACAGGAGGAGGUAGUCUUGGAUCAAGUUCUUAAGCAGAACAAAAAUUUGCCAUGAUGUUCUUAGAAAAAAAGCUGGAUUUUUUUGUUGUUGGGCUGGUUUUUUGGGUUUUCUUGUUUUUGUUUUGUUUUGUUUUUUGUUUCCUGGAGCUAAACAACUUGACCUGCCCUUCCCCUCUUCUGCUCACUUACCCCUGCUAUUAAACCUUAUCUUCUCCUUAAGAAUAGAGAAUUCUCUGUUUUGGGGAGUGUAGUGUUUUUGUUUCAUUUUCUUUCCUUCAUUUGUUUUGGGGUAGAAAGUUGUCCAGUGGUGGUGGAGGACAAGGGCCUGCCUCAUCUGUUUCUUCCUUUCACCUUCCCCAGUGCCAAGCUUAGGCAUCAAGUCCUGCAGAUUUCUGCAAAUAUUUAACUUGGAGCAGGCAAGUUAUCCUAUUGAACUCUGUGAUGCUUGAGUGCUCCAGGUUCACACUGUGCUUGAGUUUUGGCAGCAUCAGGACCUUGUUCUUUAUCUAACAGGAUGUCAGACCUAACUCCUAGAGUGGUAGUGGUCCUGAUGCAACCCAUCUGUCUCUUUAUUUCCCCUCACUUGGCACAGAGUGAAGGUGGUGAUUUUUUUUUUUUUUUAAUUUAAAGUAAACCUAAAUAUGUAUCUUGUAUUUUUUUUUAUUUUGAAAAAAAACAUUUAAUUAAAAAUUGUGCACGAAUGAAUUGUAUAUCUAUAUAUUUUUUUGUCUUACAAUUUUCAUUUUAAAUAUAGUGUUUGCAUUUUCUUUGUUUUGUUUUUGUUAAUCCAGUUCCCAGCUGGCUAAACUCUGUCUAGAGUGGAUGGGUGGGAGGCAUAGCCACUGGGGGGGGGGAUGAUUUGAUCACCCCUUCCUUUGGUGCUUCCCAUAAGAAAAUGGUUUGCUCCAGGUUUGGGGGUGGGGGUUGUGCUAAUUACUCUUGUAUUCUUGUACAUUUUGUUCUUUCUGCUGCUCUUGAAUAUUGUAUCAAUGCCAGAAAUGGGGAGUUAAAAAAAAAAUAACCCCAAUAAAUUGUUACAUUCCAAAA